CUCAAAGUCAAAGCGUCGUACAGGAGAACUAAACUCUCCAGCACUAGCACUCAAGACCGGCCGGCCACCCUGAUCGAUGGAGCAGGUGACGAAGCUAGCGGGGCAGCGGGCCGUGGUGAUCUUCGGCACGAGCUCCUGCUGCAUGUGCCACACGGUGACGAGCCUCCUCCGCGAUAUCGGGGCGAACCCGACGAUGGUGGGACUGGACGAGCACCCUAGAGGGAAGGAGAUGGAGAAGGCCCUCGUGCGGCUCCUCGGCCGGAACCCUGCCGUACCGGCGGUGUUCAUCGGCGGCAGGCUCGUCGGAUGCACCGACAAGGUCAUGUCCCUUCACCUCGGCGGCAAGCUUGUCCCGCUGCUUCGAAAUGCAGGUGCUGUCUGGGUGUAGUGCAUGUGCAUGGGAGGGCUUUGUAGAUAUUCGGCCGCAUGCAGAGAAUAAUGUGAUGCACGUAUGUGUACGUGCUGUGUUAUCCUGUCCUGUAUCAGGUGACGAUGGAAACCAUGCAGCAGGUCUUUUUACUGUUGAUGAUUGAUGGAAGUACGUAUUCUGUCAAAGUGUUAAGCGUUAUAAUUAGUGCUGAUGUCUUAAGUCCAACUUUGUACUAGUUUAUCAAAAUUAUAUGAAAUGCAAAUAGUACCAAAUAAA